AUGGAGAAUGGUCUGGGCGAAAAAGUUGUGAUAUUUGCGAAUUUAAUGGUUGCCUUUGUCGGAUCCAUUAUCCUUGCCUUUAUCAAGGGCUGGCAGCUCUCGUUGGUAUGCCUUUCUAGUCUGCCGGUGACCCUUAUUGCCAUGAGCUUUGUGGCAAUAGCCACAUCCAAGCUGGCUAAACAGGAGGUCAAUAUGUAUGCUGGUGCCGCAAUCGUGGCCGAAGAGGCUUUGUCCGGAGUGCGCACGGUCAAGGCGUUUGAGGGCGAACAUAAGGAGGUCGCCGCCUACAAAGAGAAAGUCGUCGCGGCCAAGGAUCUGAACAUUAAGCGUAAUAUGUUUUCCGGCAUUGGUUUCGGACUCUUGUGGUUCCUGAUCUACGGCUCGUAUGGCCUGGCCUUCUGGUAUGGCAUUGGACUGGUUAUCAACGGACGCCAUGAUCCGUACUAUGAUAACUAUACGGCCGGCACGAUGAUAACCGUGUUCUUCUCGGUUAUGAUGGGCUCCAUGAACUUGGGCAUGGCAUCGCCGUAUAUUGAGGCAUUUGGCAUAGCAAGGGGUGCCUGCGCCAAGGUAUUCCAUAUCAUUGAGCAGAUACCAACCAUCAAUCCAAUCCAGCCGCGCGGCAAGAGCCUCAACGAGCCGCUGACAACCAUCGAAUUCCGCAACGUUGAGUUCCAGUAUCCCACGCGCAAAGAGAUACCCAUUCUGCAAAAGCUCAAUCUGAAGAUCCAUCGCGGCCAGACGGUGGCUCUGGUGGGUCCCUCGGGUUGUGGCAAGUCCACCUGCAUACAGCUGUUGCAGCGCUUUUACGAUCCGCAGGGCGGAAACAUUUUAUUUAACGGCACCAACAUCAUGGAUAUCAACAUUAACUGGCUGCGCGAGCGCAUCGGAGUGGUCGGCCAGGAGCCCGUGCUCUUCGGCCAAUCCAUAUACGAGAACAUACGAUAUGGCCGAGAGGAUGCCACCAGGGCGGACAUUGAGGCGGCAGCCGCAGCAGCAAACGCUGCCAUAUUCAUUAAAAAACUCCCGAAGGGCUACGACACACUGGUGGGUGAACGUGGAGCCCAGUUGUCCGGCGAGCAGAAACAGCGCAUUGCCAUUGCUCGCGCUCUGAUUCGUGAUCCGGAAAUACUAUUGUUGGAUGAGGCGACCUCUGCACUCGAUACGGCCAGCGAGGCAAAGGUGCAGGCUGCCCUGGAGAAGGUUAGCCAGGGUCGGACCACAAUCAUUGUGGCCCAUCGCCUGUCGACAGUACGUCGUGCCGACAGGAUCGUGGUACUGAACAAUGGCCAGGUCGUGGAGACCGGCACUCACCAGGAACUGAUGACGAUAAGGGGCCACUACUUCAAUUUGGUGACCACGCAGAUGGGCGAUGACGAUGGCAGCGCGCUCAGUCCCAGCGGCAAUAUCUAUAAGAACCUCGACAUCAAGGAUGAGGACGAACAGGAAAUUAAAAUUAUACACGACGCGGUCGACGAGGAAGAAGAUCCGAAAGUUCAAAAGCAAAAGAAAAAAGCAAAGAAGGACCAAAAUGAGGGCUCCAUCUUGUGGGGCAUCAUGAAACUGAACAAACCGGAAUGGAUGCAAAUCACAGUCGGUUGCAUAUGUUCAAUUAUAAUGGGCUUUGCUAUGCCCGUUUUCGCCCUGCUCUUUGGCAGCAUUCUGCAGGUCAUGGAAUCCCAGGACGAUGAUUACGUCAGGGAGAACACGACCCAGUAUAGUCUGUACUUUCUGAUCGCUGGCAUUGUUGUUGGCAUCGCCACAUUUAUGCAGAUCUUCUUCUUCGGCAUUGCGGGCGAGCGCCUCACGGAACGCCUGAGAGGACUCCUGUUCAGCAGCAUGCUGAAACAGGAGGUCUCCUGGUUUGAUGAUCGCGCCAACGGUACGGGCAGUCUCUGCGCCCGGCUAUCCGGCGAUGCAGCCGCUGUACAGGGCGCGACGGGUCAGCGUAUUGGCAGCAUUAUCCAAUCGAUCGCAACUCUGCUGUUGAGCAUCGGUCUGUCCAUGUACUAUGAGUGGAGCUUGGGCCUGGUGGCAAUGGCGUUUACGCCCUUAAUUAUAAUCUCCUUCUAUAUGCAGAGCAUAAUCAUGGAACAGGAGAACAUGGGCAAUGCCAAAAUAAUGGAGAGCACAACCAAAUUAGCCGUUGAGGUGGUAUCAAAUAUACGCACGGUGGUUUCCCUGGGACGCGAGGACAUGUUCCAUCGCAGCUACAUCGAGACGCUGUCACCAGCCGUUAAGACAUCGCAGAAGAAUACGCACUAUCGAGGCCUUAUCUACGGCCUGUCCAACUCAAUGAUGUUCUUUGCCUAUGCAGCAUGCAUGUCCUAUGGCGGUUGGUGUGUGGUCAAUCGGGGUCUACAGUUUGGCGACGUGUUCAAAGUAUCGGAGGCAUUGAUCAUAGGCACCGCAUCCAUCGGCAACGCAUUGGCCUUUGCUCCCAACAUGCAGAAGGGGAUAAGUGCUGCUGUGACCAUACUGAGAUUCCUGGAGCGUAAGCCACUAAUUGCCGACAGUCCUGGCGUCUCCUUGAAGCCCUGGCACUCUAACGGCAAUGUGCUGUUCGAUAAGGUGAAAUUCAGCUAUCCGACGCGUCAGGAAGUCCAGGUGCUGCGGGACCUAGUUCUUGCGGUGCAAACUGGCCAGAAAGUGGCACUGGUGGGUCCGUCGGGCUGCGGCAAAUCCACUUGCAUUCAGCUGCUGCAGCGAUUCUACGACGUGGACGCUGGUGCCGUGCAGAUCGAUGGCCAUGAUAUCCGCCAAUUGGCCAUUUCAAAUCUGCGCAUGCAGCUGGGCAUUGUCUCGCAGGAGCCGAUCCUAUUCGAUCGCAGCAUACGUGAAAAUAUUGCCUAUGGUGACAAUUCCCGAAUUGUCACGGAUCAGGAGAUUAUUGCGGCGGCCAAGAAGUCCAAUAUACAUCAGUUCAUUGCCAAUUUGCCGCUGGGCUAUGAAACACGAAUGGGUGAGAAGGGCGCACAGUUAUCCGGAGGGCAGAAACAACGUAUUGCCAUUGCACGCGCCCUCAUUCGAAAUCCGAAAAUACUUCUGCUCGAUGAGGCUACAUCAGCAUUGGACGCGGAAAGCGAGAAGAUCGUUCAAGAGGCAUUGGAUGUGGCUGCCGAGGGACGCACCACAAUUAGCAUAGCCCAUAGAUUGUCCACCAUUGCCGACUCGGAUAUUAUCUACGUAUUCGAGAACGGAGUCGUCUGUGAAAGCGGCAAUCACAAAGAGCUUCUCCAGAACCGUGGACUCUACUACACAUUGCACAAAUUGCAAACUGGCACGAUGUAAAUGGCUCUCGGGCUGCUAGUCAUUAUUUUAGUGUAAUCAGUUUCGAUCUAUUGCAGCCUUUCGAUCAAAGCGCAACUAAGUAGUAUUGUACGGAAAAUAAAUUCACAU